AUGAAAACGCAAAUACACAACAACAAGUCCAGGACAGGCCGGAACGAUAUUCCUAGAACACCAGCCCACUACAACAAUUCCGGGACAGACCGUAACGACAGUCCCAGAAUACCAGUCCACGACAACAAGCCCGGGACAGGCCGAAACGACAUUCCCAGAACACCAGUCCACGACAACAAGUCCAGACAGGCCGUAACGACAGUCCCAGAACACCAGUCCACGACAACAAGUCCAGGACAGGCCGUAACGACAAUCCGAGAACACCAGUCCACGACAACAAGUCAAGGACAGGCCGGCAUGACACUCCGAGAACACCAGUCCACGACAACAAGUCAAGGACAGGCCUCCAAGAACACCAGUCCACGACAACAAGUCCAGGACAGGCCGGAACGACAGUCCCAGAACACCAGUCCACGACAACAAGUCAGAUCAGGCCGUAACGACAGUCCGAGAACACCAGUCCACGACAACAAGUCCAGGACAGGCCGGAACGACAGUCCCAGAACACCAGUACACGACAACAAGUCAAGACAGGCCGAAACGACAUUACCAGAACACCAGUCCACGAUAACAAGUCCAGACAGGCCGAAACGACAUUACCAGAACACCAGUCCACGACAACAAGUCCAGACAGGCCGAAACGACAUUACCAGAACACCAGUCCACGACAACAAGUCCAGACAGGCUGAAACGACAUUACCAGAACACCAGUCCACGACAACAAGUCCAGGACAGGCCGGCAUGACACUCCGAGAACACCAGUCCACGACAACAAGUCCAGACAGGCCGAAACGACAUUACCAGAACACCAGUCCACGACAACAAGUCCAGGACAGGCCAGAUGGCUUCAUCAAAGCUAUGUACUUCGAGAAGAAGAAACAACAGGAAAACCAAGCUACAUAUGCCACAUCUGUACGGAAACGCACACAUCGGAAUCGUCGCUGGCACGACACGCCAGGAAACAUGAUGGUAUCAAACACCAAUGCUGUCACUUCGGGAAAUCAUUCACUCUAG